AUGAACGGAAAGGCCAACGUUACCAAAGAGCUUAACGCCAAGCACAAGAAGAUACUGGAAGGACUGCUCAAAUUACCUGAGAAUCGGGAAUGUGCUGACUGCAAAUCUAAAGCUCCGAGAUGGGCCAGUGUAAAUCUUGGCAUCUUUAUAUGCAUGCAAUGUUCAGGAAUACAUAGAAGUUUGGGAGUACAUAUAUCAAAGGUUCGUUCUGCAACUCUUGACACUUGGCUUCCAGAGCAAGUUGCAUUCAUUCAUUCAAUGGGAAACGAUAAAGCAAAUAGUUACUGGGAAGCAGAGUUACCUCCAAACUACGACAGAGUUGGAAUUGAAAAUUUCAUUCGUGCAAAGUAUGAAGAGAAGAGAUGGGUUCCAAGGGAUGGGAAUUCAAGAACACCUUCUGGACUACAUGAAGAUAAAUCUCCUUCACAAUGGCAGAGGCCUGCUGAAAAAAGUGGACAUGAAUAUGCCACUGUUCCUGAAAAUACUUUUGAGGAAAGGAAGAAAAUCCAGCCAUCAAAUGCAGUUCCUGCUACAAGACGUAGGGUUCCUGCUCCUCGCAAAGUACCUGAGCAGGUAACCCCUGCUCCCCAACCUCAAGACACCGAAAAAGUGAAACCAGUACCCCUGCAACAACAAGCUGUAACUUCAAAGCCGACUAUAGACACAGCUCAAAGUACCCCUCCCAAAGUAGACUAUGCUACAGACCUUUUCAACAUGUUGUCCAUGGAUGAUGCAAAUGAAAAUGGCUCCAAAGCAGCUGGUGCUACUGCUGAUGAUAAUAACUGGGCAGGCUUUCAGUCUGCUGCAGAGGUGUUAACAGCGGAGAAAACUGGUCCACCAAACGCAGUUGAGAGUACUUCUCAGUCUGCACCUGGAAUUGAGGAUCUAUUUAAAGAUUCAUUUUCUGUGACACCAAGUUUAGCUCCAGCGAAACCACAGAAAGAUGUGAAAAAUGAUAUAAUGAGCCUCUUUGAGAAGAGCAACAUUGUAUCUCCAUUUGCAAUGCACCAACAACAGCUCGCCAUGCUAGCACAGCAGCAGUCUCUUCUAAUGGCUGCUGCAUCUAAAUCUAAUGGUGUCGAUCUCAAGUAUCCUACUGGCAUACAACAACAAAGUCCCAAUGUUUCUGUUCAAAAUUGGCCAUCUACUGGAUUCCCAAUAUCUGGAGUGAUGCCCAUGGGUGCUCAGGGAGAGCUGCAGAAACAUAUGCAGACUGGGAACAUAACUCCAGCACAUCCAGCUGGGAACUCUGUUCAACAUCCAUCAUCUGGUUUUUAUGCUAUGGGACAAGUUGGUCCAGUCAAUGGUAUGAUGACAAUGGGAGUGAGUAAACCUCAGUCAACUCCAGUUCCGUCAACCACUUCCAAGUCUGCCAAGGAAUAUGACUUUUCGUCCUUAACACAAGGGAUGUUUGCGAAACAAUGA